AUGGACCAGGACACGGCGAGUUCCACCAGGAGGUCCGUCUUGGACAGCACGGAAGCCACGGCAAGGGCGCACAGCUACGAGUCGGCUCUGCAAAGGGAGAGUCGACCGAAGGCACUCGCAGUUGCCACGGUCGUUCUGCUCCUUCCCAUCACCUUGGCCAUCCUGCAGCUUCUGCUCGCAUUCAGAGUUGCGAGCAAGCUGGUCGGUAUGUGGCCGGUCGCUCCUGUGAAGGAGGAGUCUGCCGCACUGCCACGGGUCACUUUGGGAGGGACCACCCUGCAGCUCAAAGCGAAGCAAGAGCCGGUCCUGGAGAUGAUGUCCUUGUCGGUGAUGUUGCUGGCCUUGGGUUGUGGUAUAUACUUCUGCAUUGCCUGGACGGCUCUGGUGCCUGGGCCUUUUUUGCAGCAGCUCAGCUGUAACACGACCGCCUCUGCGGACGUGUCCCCGAUGGUUGCCGAGACGCUUCGGAGCUUCUGCUGGGCUGGGGCUCGCUGGGAGGGGGUCACACGCAGGGAGGCAGAGCUUUUGCUGAGCGGUCUCGAGCGCAGCUUGGCGAUGGAGCCUGGCGAAGGUGCGGUGCUGGAGUUCGGUGUUGGCGUGGGCGAAACCACCUUGUGGAUUAGUCGUUUUCUGGACAUUUAUGCCCAGGUCAGUGGGGAGCCCAGAAGGGCGCAUCAUGUCUACGACCCGUUCAAAGGUCCCGGCUUCCCGAAGCGUGAUCGUAUGAGAGACAAGCUGCUGAGCAAUGUGUGGCGGAGCUGGCCUGGGAGGGUUGCACAAGGGAUUGUCAAGACACGGCGGUGGCUCUUUGAUUUCUUCUUGUGGAGCCAGGGUGCUAGGAUGCCAGAGGUCCAUGAAGGAUAUAUGGUGCAAGUCUCCGAAAGAGCCUUGCCUUCGAAGGUCGCCUUUGCACUCGUGGAUGCAGAUAGCUAUCCACAAACCAUCCUGCCACUGAAGCUGGUCUACAAAAGGCUUGGAGCCCACAGCGAAGUUUACGUGCACGGUUACCGGCAGCAGUCCUGCCCUGGGGUCCAUGACGCAGUGAAGCAUUUCUUCAAAGGCGGCAACAGGGGAGUCUACAGCUGGGGCCAUGGCUCCCAAGGCGUCUCUUGGGCAGUAGCUGGCCCACGGCUUGCCUACAAUACUUCUCACGUACAUAUGGCCAAGCUGGGCUGGAAGUGGAGCCCCGUGAUGGCCCGAACGGUGCGGGCUCCAGACCUGAAGGCAGUCCUCAAUGUCCAGUUCCAGUCGAAGAAGCGCCUCGAGGGCAGAGUGAGGUGGUUCGACAAGGACAAGGGCUUCGGCAAGAUCCUGCCCUUGGACUCGCGACCUGGCCAGGAUGCACCCGAGGAGAUCUUCGUACACAAGAAGCAAAUCGAAGAUGGCACUGAGGGCGACAACUAUGCCGCGCUGGCACCGGGAGCACUGGUGUCGUUUGAGAUGAUCACACAGGAUGAUGGGAAGCCGUGUGCCGGCAAAGUGCGUGUUCAGGGCUUCGCCAAGAUCGUGCAGAAUGGCUUGACCAUCGCGGCAGGAGCUGCGCUCUCAGCCAGGGAAGCCAAGCUGCGCCAGCUCCUCCUUCAGGGUCUGAAAGCAGGCGUUUUCCAAGAGAAAGGCCACAAGAAGGCAUUGAUGGAAGAUGGCUUCCUCGAAGGAACCAGCCGCGAGGUUGGCAUGCUCGGCAGCACUGUCAAGUCUGCGGCAAUGGCUGUUUACGCCGUGAUGGACGGUCAUGCAGGAAUUUCCUGCAGCAACUUCGUCGCACUGAAUCUGGAGCGAAACAUCCUCGACUCCUUGAGGGAUCAGCGCAAGCGAGACGCGAACGCUGAACAGGUCUUGAAGUCGGCCUUGCUGGCAGGCUUCAAGGUCACCGAGCAUACCUUCCACCAGUACGCCAACAAGCUGGAAGGCGGUGCAGGUCGGACCUGGGCAACUUCUGGCAGCACCUGCUGCGCAGCUUGCUUGGCUGGGCCCGACGAGGAGGGACGUCUCAGACUAUUGAUUGCAAAUGUGGGCGACAGCAGGGCCAUUCUCGGCAAGAAGGACGGUUUUGCGGUGAGGCUCUCGGUAGACCACCGCCCAGACAACACAGCAGAGAAGAGGAGAGUGGAACAACAAGGCGGUACCGUGGCCCCCUUCGGCGGUGCUCACCGUGCAGUGACCUCGAUCUUCUUCCGGCUUGGGCAAUGCUUUCUUGCUUCUGAUGAUAGAGAGGCCAAAGCAGUACAUGCAGUAACCACGGCCGUUUGCACUUUGCUACAUUCCCAAAGCUCAGCGGACAGAGCCAUGUCCCAACAUGCUGAGUCCGGAGAUGAAGCUGCUCUGCCAGCUGGCACUAUGUCAUUUUCUCUUGUUGUCGCCGUUCAGGCUCAUCAUUCUGUAUAUAUGCAUUGA